AUGCCGUCACAAACGCCUUAUGCUGGAGGCAGUGAUGCAGUAAAUUGUUGGCCUCCAUUCCCUAUGAGUAUGAACAAUGAAGACCAACAUUCUCAGUUUGAACAGCAGCCUUCUCCAUUUAAAAGACCCAGAAAUUCUGAAGAAAACCAAUCGAAUCCAAUGCCCUACCCACCCAUGAACGCUAGGAUGCAGCCCCCAAAUACCCCAGUUAACAAGGGAGCAAGCAACAUUUUCUAUAAGACCCGUUUGUGUGUAAAUUUUAAAACGGGCAUGUGCAGGAAUGGUGAGAACUGCAACUAUGCACAUGGCAUUGAAGACAUCCGCCAUCCCCCUCCCAAUUGGCAAGAACUUGUUUCUGUACGUGAAGAAGAUCGACCACCAUUGUCCGGUAAUUGGGAUGAUGAUCAGAAAAUAAUCCACCGGAUGAAGCUAUGCAAGAAGUUUUACAAUGGGGAGGAGUGUCCUUAUGGAGAUAGGUGUAACUUUCUUCAUGAAGAUCCAGCAAAGUUUAGGGAUGAUAUAAGCAGGUUUAGGGAGAACACAGCAAUAAGCAUUGGAACUACAGGACCAUCGGUGGUACAUGGGAGUGGCUCUAAUCAUUCUGAGGAAAAUAGGCUUGUAAACACAGGUACGGAUACUUUCCGUGUAAAUAUGAAGCCAGUGUAUUGGAAGACAAAGUUAUGUAAUAAGUGGGAGACAACAGGCAAAUGCCCCUUUGGCGAGAAAUGUCACUUUGCUCACGGCCAAGCAGAGUUACAAGUGCCUGGUGGACGAGUUGAAGCUGAAGUUUUGAGUAGUACACCCAUUUCAACAAAACCCCAAGCUGGUCCUGUUAAUGAUUCCUCUACAACUGCAAUGGCAAUACUGCCUGCUUCAAAUGAAGAAGGGGGCCAGGGUAAGAAGAGGGUACUAAAAUGGAAAGGGUCCAAAAAGAUCAAUCGCAUAUAUGCUGAUUGGCUUGAUGAUGUGCCGCUGGUGCACCAUCAGAACUUGUCCAGCACAGUGGAGAGCUAA